GGGACGAGGAGAUGCAUGCGUGCUUGCUUUGCAUGCCCCAUUGCUUCUUGUUGAGAAAUAGAAAGGGUUCCGGUAGAUCCAUUUCAAAGACUUUCAUUUCAUAAUCCAUCGCUACCUCUCCAAGCAAAGCGCGCACAAAGCUCGAGGUCGAUCUGCAGGCGCGGCGGUGCACGUAUAUAUAUCUUGCUGCCGGCGGGAACGAGGCACCCUUCUCGUUCGCCGUCGAAUUCGACGCCCGCCGGCACCGGAGCGGCCGAUCCGGCGAUUCAUCGUGCCCGGUCAUUGAGGCCUAGCGCAUGAGCUAGCUGGAACGAGAGCUAAGAAAGGGAAAAUGCCGUUGUUUGAUCGAGAUCGCUACCAGAGGCUGCCGCUCGACGUCGGCGGCGGUGGCGCCCGGCGGCCCGCGUCGUCCUGCGCCACAGCCACGGUCGUCCUCUUCGUGGGGCUCUGCCUCGUCGCCGCGUGGCUGAUGGCGCCCACGAGCCACGUCCCGAUGGGCGUCUCACCGGACAAGGCCGGGGAGGACACGGACGUCGGCUUGACCCGCAGCGUCGUCAAGGGUGCCGACGCCGACAUGACACAGACAACAGACAAGGCUGCCAAGGAGGAGGACGACGGUCCGGCCGUGCAAACGACGGAGGUCGACCAGAGCGCAGAGACGACGGAUGCCGAUGCCAACAGCGCCACCGCAGGCAAGCCCGACGGCGACACCGUAACCGGGGCCGAGUCGCCGUCCAAGAACCUCACACCCUCUCACGACAGCGGCAUGACGGAAGGCGGGGAUGUGGCCAAGCCGGAGGAAGACCCCGACAAGAAUGUCCAGAAUAACACGGAGGAGGCGACGACCGACAAGGGCGCCGAGGAUGUGUCGACAGGCACGAACCAGAGCGGCGGCAACAAUACCGAGCAGGACACGGAGGAAGCGACGACCGACAAGGGCGCCGAGGAGUCGACAGGAACGAAGCAGAGCGGCAGCAACAACGCCAAGCAGAACACGGAGGAGGCGACGACCGACAAGGGCGCCGAGGAUGCGUCGACAGGCACGAACCAGAGCGGCGGCAACAACGCCGAGCAGAACACGGAGGAGGGGACGACCGACAAGAGCGCCGAGGAUGCGUCGACAGACACGAACCAGAGUGGUGGCAACAAUGCCGAGCAGAACACGGAGGAGGCGACGACCUACAAGAGCGCCGAGGAUGCGUCAACAGGCACAAACCAGAGCACGGAGGAGGCACCAAAAGACACGACGGACACCGGUGACCAGGUUGAUAAAAGCUCCGGCACUACAGAGACCGGCGGCCAGGGCGAGAAGAACGUCGAGGCGGCGCUGACCGAGAAGAAGGCUGAGACAGAGGAUAACAUCACCAACAAGAACGCCGAAGAGACGCCGGCCUACGCAAAAGAAGCUGGCGACGACGGUAUGGAGAAGAACCAGACGGCCUUCGACGACCGGACCGGCGACGAUGCGGCCACCGGCGCUGCAUCCAAGAACCAAACGUUCGUCGACAAGAACGACAGACCCAGGAACCAGACAUCUACAACUGUAGAUGACACACUCUCUGAAGAAGACGGAAUGGUUCUAACGAACAGUAGCACCACCACCCAAGGCGAAGACGAGAGGCCAGUGACGGAGCCGGUGACCGGCGGCGACGCAGAAACGGCGGAGCUGCUGCCGAGCGGGCAGGCGGAGCUUCUCAACGAGACGACGACGGCUGAGCAGGACGUCACGUUCCCGACACAGGCGACGGAGUCGACCGAGGAGAAGGCGCGAAACAGCAGGAAGAAGAAGGAGCACCAGAACAACGGCAAUGUGGUGGUCGUCGUCGGCGAGUCGUCGACGGAGGAGGCAUCGUACGUGUGGAAGCUGUGCAACACGAGCGCCGGCGCGGACUACAUCCCGUGCCUGGACAACGAGGCGGCCAUCAAGGGCCUCAAGAGCAACAAGCACUACGAGCACCGCGAGCGGCACUGCCCGUCCCCAGCGCCGUCAUGCCUGGUGCCGCUGCCGGAGGGCUACCGGCAGCCGAUCCCGUGGCCGGAAAGCCGCGAGAGGAUCUGGUACAACAACGUGCCGCACACCAAGCUGGCGCUGUACAAGGGGCACCAAAACUGGGUGAAGGUGUCCGGCGACGGCGAGCACCUGGUGUUCCCGGGCGGCGGCACGCAGUUCCUGAACGGCGCGUCGCACUACAUCGACGUGAUCCAGGAGGCGCUCCCGGCGGUGGCGUGGGGGACGCGCAGCCGCGUGGCGCUUGACGUCGGCUGCGGCGUGGCAAGCUUGGGCGGGUACCUGUUCGACAAGGACGUGCUGGCCAUGUCCUUCGCGCCCAAGGACGAGCACGAGGCGCAGGUGCAGUUCGCGCUGGAGCGCGGGAUCCCGGCCAUCUCGGCUGUGAUGGGCACGAAGCGGCUCCCCUUCCCCGGCGGCGCCUACGACUUGGUGCACUGCGCGCGGUGCCGCGUGCCGUGGCACAUCGAGGGAGGCAAGCUGCUGCUGGAGGCGAACCGGCUGCUCCGGCCCGGCGGGCUGUUCGUGUGGUCAGCGACGCCGGUGUACCGGAAGGACGCGGAGAACGUGGGGAUCUGGCAGGCCAUGGCUGCACUGACAAAGUCCAUGUGCUGGGAGAUGGUGACGAGGACGAGCGACACGGUGGACCAGACCGCCAUGGUCAUCUUCAAGAAGCCGUCCAGCAACGAGUGCUACAGCAAGAGGAGCCGGGCGGAGCCGCCGCUGUGCGAGGAGUCGGAUGACCCCAACGCCGCAUGGAACAUAACGCUGCAGGCGUGCAUGCACAGAGUGGCCACCGAGGCAGCGGCGCGAGGCUCGCGGUGGCCGGAGCAGUGGCCGGAGAGGCUGACGGCGGCGCCCUACUGGCUGAACGAGAGCCAGGUGGGCGUGUACGGCAAGCCCGCGGCGGAUGACCUGGCGGCGGACACGGAGCACUGGAGGGAGGCGGUCAACAGCUCCUACCUGAGCGGCAUGGGCAUCGAGUGGAAGAACGUGAGGAACGUCAUCGACAUGCGAUCCGUCUACGGCGGGUUGGCGGCGGCGCUGCGGGACAUGAAGGUGUGGGUGAUGAACAUCGUGCCGGUGGAGUCGCCGGAUACGCUGCCCAUCAUCUACGAGCGCGGGCUGCUGGGGAUGUACCACGACUGGUGCGAGUCCCUGAGCACGUACCCGAGGUCGUACGAUCUCGUCCACGCCGACCAUCUCUUCUCCAAGCUCAAGUACAGGUGCAAGGUGAGGCUGGUGAUGGCGGAGGUGGACCGGAUCCUCAGGCCAGAGGGGAAGAUGAUCGUCCGUGACGACAGGGACACGGCCGAGGAGGUGGAGAGGAUCGCCAAAUCUCUGCACUGGGAGGUCCGGAUGGCCGUGUCAAACCAGGGGGAGAGGCUGCUCUGCUUCCACAAGACCAUGUGGCGACCCACCCAAGUCCAACCACUCGUCUAGGAACACCACCACUAGUACUUUGCAAACACAUGAGUAUCAGAGUAUGGCAGCAAUAACGAAAAUAAUCCUAGGAUUCUUAUUGUUCACAAGUUUUGCACUUGCUUGUACGACAAGGAAACAGUUAAGAACAUUAUCAUGUCUGAAACUCAA